UCAAUUUGUUUCACAAAUCUACCUUUCCUGCAAUCAGGUUGUUAAUCCCGUUUUCAACGUGAGCGUCAUCUGUUUUUAAACCAAGUGUGUCACCCAGCUGCCCAAGUUAAGUAUUCACUGACAUGUGACAGGUUUGACGCUGUUCGUCCAAGGCGACCGGCCGUCUAGUUGGGCUUCUUUCUCGCCGGGCUAUUCGCCAGAGAUCCGACUCCAUAUCCGCCAUUCUCGAUAUGGCCGUCUUGUAAGCUCACGAGUGCGCGGCAAGACAUACCUCCAGGACAGGUCAUCCUAUGCUGUGCUAUCAAAGAUUUAAGCCCAUGUCGGAACUCUUAGCAACGAGGGUAUUACUCGGCAAGCACCUCAAAGCCAUUGUUCGGUCAUGGCCUCGACCGACGCCCCGAGUUUGAGCCCAGAUUUGGAGCUCGCGUCGACAGACGGCCACGGAGCCACGGCGCAGACAGCCGAGCAAAAAGCAGAGCCACGCACCGUGAGCAGGAAAGAGCCGUGGCUCUCAAGCAAAGCCCAAAAACUCGCAGCCUGGCUCGCAACGAGCGAACCCUCAGCCCGAGCCCUCAGGCAAUACCGCAAGGAAUCCUUCAAAAAAGCAGGCAUCUCUCCCAAAGACACGGAGCCGCCCAAUGCAAAACUGCACGCCCCAAUCGGUGAAAUUCCCGCCGACGCCAUCCGGCCCUCGACCGGACCAACCCCGGAAGCGCUGGCGCGGAAGAAAGCAGCAGACCGGAGGAAGAAUGGUCACAGUAAACGCCCAGAUGGCGCGCUAAAAGAACAGGUCUCAUUUUCGGGGUCGUGGUCGGCAUACAGCGGGCAGGGGGCUACGCCGGAUUUGCUGAACACAUUCCCUUACAUAGGGCCGAGCGGCUGAAACGGGGCUGGGAAUUCAACCAAUCCUAUCUCAAGUGGUUGCUUGAGUCGCUCGGGAGUGCGAGUAUUUCCUGCAUGUUGAAAGUCCCUUGAGACUUGUUUUUAAAACAAUAAGCAA